GAAUGAUAGAUAGAUACCCCUUUUCUUUCUCCUUCAUCUUCAUCGCCUCAUUACACAUUUACACUCUUUCAGAUACUCUCUCAUAUCAAAGCAAAACACAAUACAGAGACAAAGAAAACAGAGCGUGCUCUCUUCUUCUCUCUUAAUCAUUCUCUCUUCACCAGAUUCCCAACACUAUCAUUCCCCCUUCUUCCUCUAUAAAGAACCAUUCACUUCUUCUUCCUCUCAUGGAUCCUUGGGAACCACUAGACCACCACCACCACCGUCAUCUCCGUAACCACCGUCAUCCUUCUUUCUCCUCUUCUCUCCUCGACCAAAUCUACCGCUCCAUCGACGAUUCCUCUCCUAACUCCUCCUCCAUGAGAAAGACCAAGCAUCAGAACCGCGACGAGACGACGACGACAGCUCGCGUUUCUUCUUCUUCCAACCGCCGCGCAACCGCCGCCGCCGACGGUUUCAUCAGAUCCAGGAAUCUUAAAAAAAACUCAGAACAAGAACCUGUCUUCUUCAAGCUCUCCUCUACUACUACCUCAACCUCCUCCGACUCCAGCGGUGGUUUCUCUUCUUCCGAGUCUGAAUCUUUAUAUCGACGUUCUAAAUCCUCUCCGGCUAUUCAUUCUUCUUCUCAUCAUCACCCCAAACCCAUCCGAACCACCGUCGUGGAACCAAACAGCACUAAAAAACAAGAACAUGGAGGAAGCUUUCUCAAAACCAAAUCCAAAGCGUUGAGGAUCUACACCGAUCUCAAGAAAGUCAAACAACCCAUUUCUCCCGGCGGUCGUCUCGCCACUUUUCUCAACUCUAUUUUCACCGGCGCCGGUAACACCAAAAAGCUUAACAAAAUCAACACCACCACCGUCAACUCUGCUGCCGCGGCGUCGUCUACCACCACAACGUGCUCCUCCGCGUCGUCCUUCUCCAGAUCUUGCUUGAGUAAAACGCCGUCUUCUAGCGAGAAAUCGAAACGAUCCGUUAGGUUUUGUCCCGUCAACGUCAUCUUUGACGAAGACUCCUCCAACUCCAAGUACAACAACAACAAAAGAGAAUAUGAUGAAUCCACUCGUCAUCAUCGAAACUAUGAUACUCUAGAGAUCCGAGUCAUGGAAGAGAAUCGUCGUGUGAUCGAAGCAGCUAAGGAGCUUCUCAGAACUUACCAGAAAAGCAACAAAGACGUUGUCAAAAUCUCCGGCGACGAUGUAGACGAAGAAGAAGAAGAAGACGAGGAUGAUGAUGAUGAUGCGUUGAGUUGCACGAGCUCUGAUCUGUUCGAAUUGGAUAACUUAUCGGCGAUAGGAAUCGAUAGGUAUCGAGAAGAGCUUCCGGUUUACGAAACAACUCGGUUAAACACGAAUCGAAUUAUUUCUAGAUGAUUUUAAUAAUUUAAUUACUUUGUUUAAUUUUUAGUAAGUGGGUAUCAUAUGUUAUAGACUUCAAUUGAUAGCGUGUUACGAGUAACUUGUGGGUUUUGUUUGUAUUAACUAAUUAGAUUAUUGAUCUGCUCUUGAUUCUAAUUAUUUGGAAUUUAUCAAAUUACUAA